AUGCUAGCACCAUGGCGCAUCCAAGUCCCCAGAUUACUACCCGAGAGGAUGUUUACCAAUGACAGGGAUUCUGCCUUAUUGAAUCACGCGCAACUUUUCGUGCUCGACGAGAUGGCCUUCGUGUCUGACCCUGCCGAUUUUUGGCAUUCCUAUGCGAUGCCGCUCGCUCAUAUCGCAAUGCCUCUCAACUACGCAUUAUGUGCGCUAGGGGCUGCCCAUCGACAUUUUAUGCUUAGUGGGUCCGGCGAUCUGAAUGGCUCUAAGGACGACGUUUUGAGUUCCGAGAUUAUCGCAAUCGAAAAAUACAACGCCGCCAUUACCCAGAUCCAGGAUCAUGCUUGCCACGAUCACCAAGGAAUAGAUGCUUAUGUUCCCCUGAUAUGCUGUGUGGUUUUCAUAUGUAUUGAGCAGCUUCUAGGCCGCUAUACAGAGUGUGUUCGUCAUUUACAAGCGGGCUGUGGUCUGUUGCGCUCAAGCUCCAAUCCUCGAGGAUCGUCGGCCCCACGGGACCUGAGGAAUGCCGUACUUAAAGUCUUCUACCAGUUUAGUAUUGAUGCAGCUAUCUUCAACGGGGAAAAUGUCAUUGGGGAUCUACCUUUCGACUACCCGAGACCUGACAUGGGCAGUCGACAUGAGCCUUUUACGAGUUACGACGAAGCCUCGGGCAUGCUACAACGGGUGGACGUCAUCUAUAACAUCUCUUUUGUCUCGCCAGUCGUUCUCCCUGAGCCUCAGCCUACAGAAGGGUGUGGGUUCGAAAUACAAGAGAAUAGAGCGAUGAAUUCUGCCCGAGAAGCGUUCCACAUCUGGAAUGCACGGUUCAAGCUUCUUCAGCAAUCCGACAUUCCAGCACCCGAGCCGCAACCGGAUGAUAUAUUCUUUUCUUUAGAACAAAGCGUGUGGAAUCUAAUAACGGAGACGGUGACUUUCGAAGACGCACUAAGCAUUGAAAGCUGUCAGACAGUGCUGUCGCAGGCAGAAUCUUUGGCUCUAAUGUAUCAGUCGCAAAAGCAUCCGAGCUUUGCGCCCUGCGGAGAUCUGCUUCCUGCGUUGACGUGGAUCUGCAUGUCGUGCGAGGAUCGAGAGACUCGACUCCGCAGUGUUUCUGUCUUGCGUUCCUUACGCCGGAGGGAAGGGUUAUGGGAUAGUCGCGAACUCGCCGAUGAGUGCGAGACGAUGAUCUUGACCGGUAUCAUUCCAAUUGUUAUGGCAGGAAUUCUGGGCAUAUAUGGACUUGUUGUUUCCGUUCUGAUUGCAAACGGCCUCGUCCAGAAGGUAACGCUCUAUACAAGCAUUGUUCAAAUGGGCGCAGGUCUUUCUGUUGGUCUGGCGAGAUUAGCUGCAGGAUUCGCCAUUGGGAUUGUCGGGGAUGCGGGUGUGAGAGGGACAGCGCAGCAGCCGAAACUUUAUGUGAGCAUGAUACUGAUUCUCAUUUUUGCAGAGGUUUUGGGUCUUUAUGGGUUGAUUGUUGCACUUUUGAUAAACUCCCGAGCGAAUAUUGUGGAGCACAAAUGUGUGUAA